AUGAACACACAAACAGUGAAUAGGACCACGAAUCCAAUUUUAUCGAUUGCUAUUUCUCUAUUGAUGUCGUCUAAACUAAUUUUUUCGAUUCUGGUCGUUUCCGUCUUGAGAACAACAGCUGAAGGUAUUUUUUUGUGAUUAAAGAAACUUCUUCAUAAGGUUUUUUUCAUUCUUCAACAGCGAAAUAUUCCAGAAAAGCCCUGUAGAAACGCUCCCGGCGUUCCCUGUGUCCAUUUGAAGGAAUUCUGUCACGCUCCAGGUUACGUGGAUUAUUUGAAAGAGUAAGCCAAAUUUUCCUACUUCUUUGAGAGAAAUAUCAGGUACUGUGCUCCAUUCUGUGGCCACUGUAUUCCACCCUUGGAAAUGAGAACAAAAGAAACUAAUAGCAUAUUAUAA